AUACAGAGCAGUGAGCAGGGAGGUUCGCCUGGUGGAGGAUGUGGGCAGCGAGCCUCGUCACAUGGCGUUCUUUGCAAACUACUUUUGCACGGAGCAUUAGAGGAGGAGGAACGCUCUCUCAUCAUGCUGGUCGCGUACGUUUGCAUAUGAUGCAUACCAUGACCGGCCACCCCGGCCCCCACCACCUUCGUCCGAGGCAGCCGCAAAGAUGCUGCAUCACCCGAGAGCGUCGAUAUGAUGGUCUAUGCGAUCCCAAUGCAGGGCCGCGGCGGAUGGUGGUGCGCUGCUUGAACCGGUCGGUGGAAAUAGAGUAUGCGGCCGUUGAUUUUCUUGGGUUGCAUACUGCGUAA